AUGGCAUUUGAAUCGUCACGCCUUCUGAUAUUUGAAACUGCUUUGCUGAAAUGGCUGCUGCUGCAACUAAAACAUCUGCUGAGGCCCUCAGUGCCCAAGGAAGAUCCACCUCCACCAGAAGUUGAGGUGCAACCAUCUUCCCAAGAUGACAAUGGUGUUGCUGCUGCUUCUGAUGAUGUUACACAUGAAAGAAGUGUGAAUGGUGGAUCAAACUUUUCUUCCGAAACAAUUUGUCAUUCUCAUGAGACUACACAAGAUACAUAUGAUGCCCCAAAAGAGACAGUUGCUUCUGGGCAGGGAGGGACUCCUUAUCAAGCUCAUGUCAGAUCAGCUGGAAGUGGUUUAUCACCAGAUGCUUAUCGCCAAAAGCAUGAGAUAACUGUAUCUGGAGACAAUGUGCCUCCACCCUUUACAUCAUUUGAAGAUACUGGUUUCCCUUCUGAGUUGCUUAGAGAGUUACUCCAAACGGGAUUCUCUGCUCCAACUCCCAUACAAGCACAAUCAUGGCCAAUUGCUAUGCAAAAUCGUGACAUAGUAGCAGUUGCCAAAACAGGUUCUGGAAAGACUUUGGGUUACUUACUUCCUGGAUUCAUUCACCUUAAAAAAACCCGCAAGAAUCCUCAGUUGAGUCCAACUGUUUUGGUUUUAUCACCCACAAGAGAAUUGGCCACACAGAUUCAAGAUGAAGCUGUCAAAUUUGGAAAAUCAUCUAGAAUAUCUUGCACGUGUUUAUAUGGAGGAGCACCAAAGGGUCCCCAGCUAAGAGAUCUGGCAAAUGGGACAGACAUUGUGGUUGCGACACCUGGGCGUUUGAAUGAUAUUCUUGAAAUGAGAAAAGUGAGCCUGAGUGAGGUGACUUAUUUGGUGUUGGAUGAAGCGGAUAGAAUGUUGGACAUGGGAUUCGAACCUCAAAUUAGGAAAAUAGUAAACGCGGUCCCCACGCGUCGUCAGACUCUUAUGUACACUGCCACCUGGCCGAAAGAGGUGCGGAAAAUUGCAGCUGAUUUUAUGGUUAAUCCGGUUCAAGUCAACAUCGGGAACAUCAAUGAACUUGUUGCCAACAAGUCCAUUACACAGCAUGUGGAGGUUGUGGCUUACAAUGAGAAACACAGACGAUUGGAGCAAAUACUGAGAUCUCAAGAACCCGGAUCUAAGAUUAUUUAUUUUUUGUUCAACAAAGAAGAUGGGGAGAGAGAUCAUGUGCUCAGUCAGUUUCGCUCAGGCAAGUGUCCUGUGCUUGUAGCAACCGAUGUUGCUGCUCGUGGACUCGACAUCAAAGAUAUUAGGGUGGUGGUAAAUUAUGAUUUCCCUACGGGGGUUGAGGAUUAUGUACACCGGAUUGGAAGAACAGGGAGGGCAGGGGCUACAGGAGAGGCUUAUACCUUUUUUGGUGAUCAAGAUGCAAAACAUGCAUCUGAGCUUGUUAAGCUUUUGGAAGGAGCAAAUCAACGUGUCCCUAAUCAAAUUCGUGAAAUGGCUUCACGAGGUGGUGGAAUGGGAAUGGGUGGUGGCAGAUCUAGGCGCUGGAGCUCUGACACUGGUGGUGGUGGUGGCCGUGGAGGUGGAUAUGAUUCAAGCUAUGGUGGUGGAAGAGGUAGCUUUUCCUCUGAAAAAAGCGGAAACCAUGACAGUGACAGAGAUGCAGGUGGUGGCUAUCAGGGUAGGAGCUUUCAUGAAACCAUGUUUGGUGGUGGUGGUGGCAGAAGCCCGCCCAACAAAGGUGGUUCUGGAUGGGGGGUGUCCAAUGACCGUAGCCGUAGCCGUAGCCGUAGCCCAGAGAGGUUUGGUGAUGCGCCACCUGUACGAAGCUUUCACCAGGCAAUGAUGGAACGCGCCCGGCCUCCACCUGUAUUUAAAUUUGGGGAAGCUGACGGGAAUAAUGGCGGUGCAAAUUAAUUAAAGGCUUUUGUUUUGUGGUGGAGUUAUCUAUUUUGUGUUUUAGUUAAUAUAAAGUAUGGUAGUAGUGGUUAUGACUUAUGAGUUAUGACUUAUGACAUGCAUAGAUGUGUUUGUCUAUUUUGGUUUUGGGAGAUUCUAACAUAGAGGGCCAGAUAGAUGGUGGCCUAAUAGCCUUAUAGGUUAUGUUUUUGUUUUUGGAUGGAUGGAUGGGUCAUGUCAUGUGUAAAGCGUGAGAAGCUGUUCUUGUGUAUGCUAUGGUCUUUGUAGCUGUUGGGUUAUGGUAUCUUCAUUCCCUUCCCCUUGCGCUUAUUAUUGUGAAUAUUAAAGCAGGUUUUUUAUUUGCUUAACCCAUCAAGUCAUUUUGCUCGUAUAGACUCAAAAGUAAACCAUGUAUAACUGUUCAGAUUAAGCCGUUACACACAAAAAAAAAAUCCAAAUAUAUAUUGGUCAUACUUUAUUGAGUGCUCUGUUCCUUUUCUAACCAGGGCAGAGAGUGAUACAAAAGAAAAAGGAAAAUGAGUGUAGAAUGUAUAUAUAUGCACAAUUAUUGUUUCCAAGGCAAGGGAAUUGAAAUGAUAUACUAUGCGCAACCUAUGAAGCUUCUAUUACAAGUCAAGCAGCUUUUGGUUUUAUCCUCUUAGCUCUUGAAUACAGGAAAACUCCAGCAAGUGCCAAACCAGUUCCUAAAGGGAGUUGAUGGGAGACACCGGUGUCUGAAAGAAGAUAACAGAGGACACAAUGACCACCACUCGCUUCACACAGUUUCCCAC